UUAUUUUCUGCCCUUUUCUCGAGAUAUAUUCGCCCAAGUGGCUGAACCCCACCAUCCCUUUUCCUCCUGCUUAUAAGGAGCUCCCUCGGUCAUCUCUUUCCCAUACCACACUUUACUUGGAGUCACCUUCUUUUAUUGAAACAACCAUUCUAUUCUCUUUCUUCCCUUUUGUGCUAUUCACUCUAGACAAUACUCUAUCAUCCACAUUCAGUUUCCAACCUAUUUCCAGACUACAUCAUCCUCCAGAGCCUAUCAAAAUACCCCUUUACAUUCAGUAUUUCACUCUUUCUUUUUGUACAGUAAAACAUCCUCCAAUGGCAUCCAACUCUCUCGCUUUUUCAAGGGGCUGUAACUCCUCUUGGACCCCUCAGGAGAACAAGAAAUUCGAAAGGGCCCUCGCUGUUCAUGACAAGGACACUCCUGAUCGCUGGCAGAAGGUUGCCAAAGCUGUGGGUGGAAAAUCUGUAGAGGAGGUGAAGAGGCACUAUGAAAUCCUCAUAGCGGAUGUCAAGGAAAUUGAAUCUGAUAGAAUCCCAUUUCCCAAUUACAGGUGAACGGAAAGUAAAGGCCAAGGCAUUGAGUAUGAGCGACAGAGGUCUUGAAGUAUCUAAGGUAUCAAAGUUCCAAUAAAGUUUAAGGAGAUCUUAACGUAUAUCAUAUCAUAAGCAGAUCGUACACAAUACCAUAUUUGCAAAGAAGUAUCGAAUUAUAUCACCUUCUCCUGUGGUUGUGUUGUUUACCCCUUCUAUGUACGUUUGCUCUUCUGUCUAUGUCAUGUUCAAUUCCUCUGCAACUCUUUUAGUUCUGUUUCCCUGUAUGAAGCAAUCAAUUAUUAAGCAGAGGAGAUUUCCACUUU